GAGGGCUCUGCCUGACAGGAGGAAGACGGCUGCUGACGGGCAGCGGGAUCCGAGCUUCAAAAGCCGGCUGUUUCUCUUUUCGCUACCUCCUUUCCAAGAAUCCAAUCUAUGGCUGCUAAAGGGAUGAAUCUGUGCCAUGUGUGCUGCCUGCUGCUGUACGUGAUCACGGCGGUGCUGGCGGGGCGGGAUUUCUAUAAGAUCCUGGGGGUGACUAAGAGUGCCUCCAUCAGGGACAUUAAGAAGGCCUACAGAAAGCUGGCUCUGCAGCUACACCCCGACAGGAACCAGGACGAUCCCAAAGCUCAGGACAAAUUCGCGGACUUGGGGGCCGCUUAUGAGGUUCUCUCAGAUGAAGAAAAAAGGAAACAGUACGAUGCAUACGGAGAAGAUGGACUUAAAGAAGGUCACCACAGCUCUCACAACGAUAUCUUCUCCAGCUUCUUUGGUGACUUUGGAUUCAUGUUUGGAGGCAACCGACAGCAGCAGGACAGGAACAUCCCCAGAGGAAACGACAUAAUACUCGACCUGGAGGUCACGCUUGAAGAGGUGUAUUCUGGGAACUUUGUGGAGGUCGUACGUAACAAACCCGUAGCCAAAGAAGCUCCUGGUAAAAGGAAGUGUAACUGCAGACAGGAAAUGAGGACAACGCAGCUCGGACCGGGACGCUUCCAGAUGACUCAGGAGAUGGUGUGUGACGAGUGUCCCAAUGUAAAGCUGGUGAAUGAAGAGAGAACCUUGGAGGUGGAGAUCGAACAAGGAGUGAGAGAUGAGAUGGAGUACCCCUUCAUCGGAGAAGGAGAACCUCACAUCGAUGGAGAACCUGGAGAUCUACGAUUCCGCAUCAAAGUGCUGAAACAUCCAGUGUUUGAGCGCAGAGGAGACGACCUGUACACCAACGUCACCAUCUCCCUGGUGGAGGCACUGGUGGGCUUUGAGAUGGACAUCGUACAUCUGGACGGACACAAGGUGCAUAUCGUGAGAGAUAAGAUCACUAAACCCGGCGCUCGAAUGUGGAAGAAGGGAGAAGGUCUGCCCAACUUUGACAACAUCAACAUCCGAGGUUCCCUCAUCAUCACCUUCGACGUGGAGUUUCCUCAGACGCAGCUUGACGACCAGCAGAGAGAUGGUAUUCGGAGUCUCCUGAAGCAGGGCUCUGUACAGAAGGUGUACAAUGGACUACAAGGAUACUAGCACACCCAGCGACAGCCUGGACUGAUUUAUACGCCACACAGACACACACAAAUCAGCAGGAGCGUGCUCCGUUAUUCUGGCCAGGGUGUAUUUAUUAUUUUCAGAUUGUUCUCAGGGUGGCUUGAAUCCAAUUUGUUUUUACUUUUUAAUGCUCCUUUUGUCUACGGCGGCACGACUGCAUCAUUUGAAGUCAGGAAAUGGAAGGAACACCACGUCUCUGCUGAGCUCUUUCUGUCCCCCACAUUAUAGCGUAACUGUAAGGCCUUUAGUCCAUUUUUGAAAUCAGAUUCACUUAUUUCUAUCGGAGCAAUGUGUUCUGGAGAAGAUACAGUUAAAGCCCACUAUAUCUGCUGAAUGAUGAGCUACUGACAAACUGGACACCUGAAGAAAAACAUCUCCUACUUUUGAGCAACACCUGUGCAACCCCACAACGUCCCCCAUUUGCUUGUUUUUGUGUUGGUUUCUUUUUGAAUUUGUUUUAUGAAUGUAAACAGCCUGUUGGGUGAUUUUUGCUCUGGUCAGACUCCCAUUCAAUACUGCUUUUUGUAAAUAGGGGAAGAACAAAGCUCAUUUGUUUGUUGUGUUUUAGUUUUCCUAAUUUAUGUCGGCUCUUUCUCGUCUGUUUGUGGUUGGAGAGCGUUGGCGUUGCACAGCCCCCAGGUUCACUGUGACCAGAGUUGACCUCUUAAAUUCACCAGUGACACUUUUUGUUUUUAAUUUCCGGAGGAGCAACGCUUUGCACGUCCUCCAGUGCCACUAUAGAAAAGUUAACUUCCACACACUUCUGACACUCUAUAACUCACACCAUGAGGUAUCAGCAUCCCCACUGGGUUCUGCUGUCUGUUUUGGUUUAUAAUGUGGUUUUUAGGAUUUCCCUCAACCUUUGACCACAGUGCUGCCUCCCAGUUUUAAGAGUGUCGUGGCCUUAAAUGUGAAUUAUUUGGCCGUUUUUACGUGUUCUAGGGGAUAAUGUACUUUUGACUGACAUUAUAAUUAAAGAAUUUCUACAAAUUCUGA